AUGUUCUACUCACAUACACAAGCCAGGUCGAAAAUGCCGAAAAAGCGUCGAGGUGUACUGUCAGUCGACCAAGUUAAACAGCAACCACAUCGAGCAAAUGGACCACGACGGCAUGGCGGAGAAAACACCCCACUCGUCCAACAAGCCAAUAAUCAUAUUUCACCGCCACACACGGUCAUCUAG